AUGAAAGACACAACGGAACACAUUGAAGAAAACUUUCACGACAACGAUAUCGAUAUCGACGCUUCCAGCGAGAAGGGCCCAGUCGUAGAGGAGGAGGUCCCGCUCAUGGAGCAACUCAAGGCAGCUAGAGGCGUAAUCAAGUACAUGGCCAUUAUCUUCGCGGCUUCUAUAGGUAUCGGUAUCGACUCCAUGGUUUUCAGUUUGAUGCUGGGGUUAGAGUCAUUCAGAAAGGAAUACGGAUACUGGAACGAGGCUUCACAGGGCUGGGUCAUCAAGGCCGUCUACCAGUCAGGUUGGAAUGGAGGUUCCCAAGGAACCCAAAUUGUGGGUUCCUUGUUCGCAGGUCAGUUCAGUGAUAUGAUCGGUCGUCGUUACACACUUUGUGUUGCCGCUAUUAUUGCCAUUGUCGCCGCAGUAAUUGAGGUCACUGCCAAGAAUGCUGCUGUAUUGGUGGCAGGAAAAUGUAUUAUGGGUUUGGGAACUGGUGUUCUCGUCACAGUUGUUCCUCCCUAUCUCUCGGAACUGUCACCACCCAAACUCAGAGGUUACGCUGCGAUCGGUAUCAACUUCUCUAUCUGUUUUGGUCAAUUUUUGGCGGCCAUCACGGUCAUGGGUUGUUCCAGAUCAUACCCAGGUAUCGACGAUAACAGAGCUUAUAAGGUGAGUCUUUCAGUCCAGUUUAUUCUUGUUUCCGUUUUCCUGCUGGUAUCUCCAGUUUUGCCAGAAUCACCAGCUCUGCUUGUGCAGCGGGGCAAAAUCGACAAGGCCCGUGAUGUUUUGCACAAAAUCUACGGAGAAAACACAGGUUACGACCUGGAUGGACAUUUAGAUUUGCUGGUGGCGCAAGUGCAAAAGGAGACCAUCGAGAAGGAACAUUCCAAGAACAUUUCGUAUUUGGAAGUCUUCAAGGGAAUUCAGUUCUGGAGACUUUUAAUCGUGACUGCUGUGCUUACAGGUCAGCAAUGGGUUGGGUUUACGUUUGUUCUUCCUUACAUCAACUACUUCUUUGAAAACGCUGGAAUCAGCUCUUCUAACGAGAAGACCGUGGGAGUUAUGACAAUUGCUGUGGGUGGAAAUAUGUUGUCUUACGUCCUCUUGGAGAAAAUCCCUCGGAGAAAGCUGUUCGUUUACGGAGUUAUGUUUCUGGGUAUUUGCAACUUGCUCACGGGAAGCAUGUCAUUGGCAUCUUCGUCUGCUUCUGGAUAUGUUUUGGUGGUUUUCAUCUGUUUGUGGUCAUUUGUCUACCAAUUUGCUAUUGGUUCUAACGCUUAUGCCAUCAUGGUGGAGAUUCCGUCCUCAAGAUUGGUACCAAAGACCGUUGCUGUGGCAUCUAAUGUUAACAGUUUGAUUGGGUUUGGUCUGGGAUAUCUGAUUCCUUUCCUUUACAAUCCAGAUGAGGUCAAUAUGGGAUUGAAAAUCAUGUAUGUGUGGUUCGGAACAUCGGUCGUUUUGUUCGUCUUCGUUCUAUUUUUCCUUCCUGAGUCCAAGAACAGAACAGCUUUGGAAAUGGACCAGAUGUUUGAGGAACAUGUUAAUCCUCUUUACUUCGAUAAGGUGCAGUUUACCGUUGAUGGAGACUUGAUACAGAGCACUGCUGUGAAGGGCUACACUUCGGGAUACUUUGCUGCGUUCAGAUCAAAGAAGGCUUGGUUGACCAAGACAGAUGAGACCGAUGUUUAA